AUUUUAUAGUAGUCCAGAAAUCUUAAGAAGUGGAGCAAUCAUCCUUACAAUAACUCGCUUUAAAAAUCUGCACAUAGUGCGAGACUGCGGUAGGACAAAAAGAAAAUCCCUUCUCUUCAAUAAACAUUAACAGGUGAGAAACCUACUUGUUAACAGUGCCAACAGCAAAUGUUAGUGUGAAAAACAAGGGUAUAUUAGUUAUGCUUUUCAGUAGAGAGAAAAGCCAUGAAUUUAGAGCUACAAGAAAAAUGGCACAGAAUAUGUAAUCACGCAGUAUUUGUACAAUAGUAAAAUCAUCUGUUCUUAUGGUGAUGGGUACAUGAAGGCUUGCAUGUACAGGGAACUAGAUUAAACACUGAAGAAGGGCAAUAACUGCAGCAGGCAGCUUAGUGAACGGAUGCACGAAAUAUGUUGCAGACACAUUUAUCACUCUAUUUCUCUGCUUCAUUUCAAUACGCAGACUGUGCUCUAGAAAGUCAGUUCUUUAGGAGACAGGGAGUGUGAGAAAAGUUUACAUUGUGCGGUUAUCCCAAUCGAGAUCAUAAUGACAAUACCAGCAUUAAUUGCCCCGUUUAUUUAGCCUAGGCAGACCCAUGCAAUCAUACAGUAAAGAUUCUUAAACAGAAACAUCACAGACAAAAUCUUUAAGCACUCUGUUUACUCGGUAAGAGCAGCGUAUAAAUUUUCAUGUAUGUUGUGUUGUAGACUGCAGUGAUGUGUUUGGAGGAACAUGCUCGAUAUUACAUUUUACGAGUCGUUCCUUUUCCAAGUCGAGUAUCUGUAGUACUGAUAAAAGAAAACAUGUUAGAUUUUGUUUUUAGAUGAUCAUUUGUUUUUUCUUGAAAGUUUUUUGUGACUAUUGUAGUAAGGUCAAUUAAUUUACAUAUCUCCGUUUUGCUCUCCAGUAUGGACUCAUUCAGCACAAAGACACUGGUCCUUCAAGCACAAAAGAAACUGCUCAGCAAAAUGGCAACCAAAUCCGUGGUGAGUGCAUUCCUAGAUGAUACUGGAAGUGCUAUUUUGGAUGACUUGUAUAAGGCACUGAAGGAACAUAGACACAGCCGCAAAGAAGCACACAAAGUGAUUAAGAAUCUCAUUAAAAUUGUGGUAAAGGUCAGUGUUCUACACCGCAAUGCUCAGUUCAGUGCUGAUGAGCGUCUAGUGCUACAAAAUUUACGGAAAAAGGUUCGCAUGCUCGCCAUGACUGCCAUUAGCUUCUGUCAGAUAGAUUUCACAUUUGACCGCCGUGUGUUGUCUAACCUGCUAACUGAAUGUCAGGAUCUCCUACUCCAUGCUGUCCAUCAUCAUCUAACGACCAAGAGCCAUGCCCGCAUUAACCAUGUCUUUGGCCAGCUAGCUGAUCCCAACUUCCUAACUGCAUUAUACAGCUCAGCAGAGCCCUUUCCCACACAUUUACAUGGGAUAUGUGCCGGUAUCAACCACAUGCUGGAGGAAGGGAACAUCUGAAGAGGUCAUCCAAAGUCGGAUCAUAUAUUACAACAUCUCUCAAAUAGGUUUCAUACAUCAUUUAAUAAAAAAAGAUGUGAACAUUUUGUUUCUGCAGUGCAAAUGUGCAUUUAUAAAAAGGAAAUAAAUAGCACUGAAAAUCCAGAUUGGAAGGUGCUACAAACCUUCAAGAACCACAGAGAGCAGUGCUGAGAAUGUAUAUUGCCAUUGGCCUAAGCAGACAGACAUUCAAGAAUUAGUGCUUAAAAUAUUCUUCAAAGUGCAUUCAUCAUUGAAAACCUUAAUGUUAAGAUAUUAGUUAUGAUAUUUAGGUAAAUGGUUAUUUUAAAACCUUUUUAAUGACUUAUGUUUACAAUAAAGGUAAAAUACUGUCUGGGCUUAGUUUUCAGAGCGUUCUCCGCUUAAAGUGAUUUAAA